UUUCCAGCUCGCCGUUCCCAUCGCUCCCCAUCGCCGCGGUGCAUGUCUCUGCGUCUCUGCUUCUACUCUGUCCGUCUCACUCGCCCCAAGCUCCCCCUCCGCACCGCAAGCACUACCACCCAUCGCGCAGCGCUCAGCACCAUGUCCCCGCUCCCCUUCAAGACGCUGGUCCCCGAGGCCGAGCUCGCCGUCCAAGCCGUCCUCCGCGGCUGUUACCUGACCAAGUCGGUGCAGGACACGCUCGUGUCCAAGGACACGGUCAUCAAGAAGGACAAGAGUCCCGUGACGGUCGCCGACCUCUCAGCCCAGGCGCUCAUCUCGCUUCACCUCCUCGCCCACUACCCCAAGGACCAGAUCAUCGGCGAGGAGGACACGUCUGAGCUGCGCGCCAACCAGCCUCUGAGGGAAAAGGUCGUCGGCCUCGUCAACGAGGGCUUCACCCGCGUCGACGGCUGGGGCAAGAACGAGAAGUUCUCCGAGGAGCAGAUUCUUGCCGCUGUCGAUGCUGGCUCGGCGGUCGGUGGACCCGUCGGCCGCUUCUGGACCAUUGACCCCGUCGACGGCACGUCGGGCUUCAUCCGCCACCAGCAGUUUGCCGUCUGCCUCGCGCUCAUCGUCGACGGCCAGGUCGAGCUCGGCGUCAUCGGUUGCCCCAACCUCGGCCCCGAGCCCGCCAAGAUUGGCGAAGAGAUCAUCCCCAACGGCAAGGGCGUGCUCAUGGUCGCCGUUCGCGGCGAGGGCAGCUACUCGCGCCCGCUCGACCAGGAGGUGUACACCAAGCUCACUCUCCCCCCUACUCCACCCGAGUCCAACCCCCUCACCUUCCUCGAGUCGGUCGAGGCUGGCCACUCGGCCCACGGCAUCCAGCAGCGCAUCGGCGAGCUCCUCGGCGUUCAGCGCCCCUCGCUCCGCAUGGACAGCCAGGCCAAGUACGCCUGCCUCGCUCGCGGUGAGGGCGGCGUCUACCUCCGCAUCCCCACCAAGUACUCUGGUGGCAAGGACUACCAGGAGAAGAUCUGGGACCACGCGUCUGGAAACCUCCUCAUUGCCGAGUCUGGUGGCGUCUGCACAGACAUGAACGGCAAGCCCCUCGACUUUUCUCGAGGACGCACGCUGUCCGGCAACGAGGGUAUCGUUGCCGCUGGAAGCGAGAUGCACGCGCGCGCUGUCGAGGCGGUCAAGAAGGCCAUCCAGGAGGCUGGCCACAAGCUGUAAGAAGAAGUCGAGGACGAUUUGUAACGGUGGUAUAUACAUGCAUGGUGUCUGUAGGA